GGAAUCAAUUAACCGAGCACCCCACGCCUAAUCACUAACCACCCAUUUCCCCUGCACUACUAACGAAAUAAUGGAUAUGCUCAAGGAAAAUGUUAUCCAGAAUAAUGAGGCUCGUACAGAGUCGAGUGUUGAACCAUCGCAUCCCGAUAUGAUGGAGACUGUUCCGGAAGAACAGCAAAAACCGAUUUCUCAUAUCGACGAUUUGCUUUCCGAGACCGCUAACCUGAUGGCUGUCAAGGAGCAGCUUCUCAAGGAGAUUGCUGAAAACGAGCAUAUUCAUUCGAUGCAAAUGAGAGCUCUUCAAAAUCUUCCACAGGAAGCUAUUCUCCCACUGCAAUAUCAUGCUGAUCCAAGACGCCGUCACCGAAUGCAAAAACCGGAAUCGUACAAGACUGUCAUAUGUCAGGCUUGGUUGGAGUCGAAGACAUGUGCUUUCGCGGAGAACUGUCGUUUUGCUCACGGCGAAGAGGAGCUUCGUCCAUCUCUGAUCGAGGCACGUCAAAACAAUAAGUACCGGACGAAGCUCUGCGAUAAGUACACUACUACUGGGUUGUGCCCAUAUGGAAAACGCUGUCUUUUCAUUCAUCCGGACAAUGGACCAAAUGCAUACAUUCGAGCCGAUAAAUUGUUCGAGGUUUCGCAACGUCAUGCUUUGGCCGACCUUCGCGAUCAAAUGGAGCAUCAUAUCAUGAAUGGAGGUCGUUCUACAGCCGGCCCUCAACAAUUUGAUAUGUUUGCAAGGCCAUGCACACCAGAUGAGCCAGCAGCAAAUAUGCCAUUGGGUCCAACCCCAGUUAGCAUUCGUGGACCACGAUACGAGUUGCCAUCGAAGAAGCCACUUGAGACUGAGGAAGCCGGGAAUCGCCCACCAUCAAGCUGGCCGUUGGAUCCAUCAACUUUCUUCGCAUUGGAUAGUCUGAAUAUGGCAACUCGUCCAAUCAGUCCGUUUGAGUCUAUGCUUAUUGGAGCAGCCGGGAACAUGCAAUACUCUAUGCUUGGAAAACAAUCAACACCGGGAGGAGUUUCGGGAUAUUCUUCCUCUGGAUCAACUCCGUCUCAAGAUAGUGAUUCGUCUCCACUCACAGCUGCUUCUGCUGCUGCAGAUGCUGCCUGCCAAGCCAACUCGGAGUCUGCUCAGUCUAUUCUUCUGAAGUCUAUCAACAAUCCGAUGAUUGGAAACGAGACAACUCUUCCAAUUCCUGGACUUGAUCAACUUGCCAUGGACAUUGCCAAGCACCUUGAAUUGUGGUGAAUAACCACCUCCUUCCCCAUCUAUUUAUACAUUUUGUCAAAUUGCCAUACGUUUUUAUGUCCCAUACUAACUAUAAUAACGCGCGCAAUUUGUAAAUAUAAUAAGCUCAAUGUUCCUGUCAUAUAGAAAGCACGCUCGCUCCCCCCAUCUCUCGCAGGCUCUGAAACUAAACUUGAAUUAUUUUGCUGCAUUUUAUUAUAUCGGAUAUCAUUGCAUGUAUUUUCAAUUCCCUCCAAAUAUAAAUUGCUCGUAUCCUCUCCCCACACUAACAAUCAAUAAACUUUAUCGAAUGUC